AGCGGGGAAGGAGGAGGAGGCGGUGGCAGGAGCGCAAGUAGCAGCGGCAAGCCGGAUCGGAGCGCCGGCAGGAGGGCUUCCCUGAAGCAGCAGGCAUGUCUCACUUUGAAAGCAAAAGGCUACUAUUUGGCUUAAUGGCAGGAGCUGCUGGAGUAACAUUUCUCCUGUGUUGGUAUCUCAAGACAAACAAACGCAGCAAAGGUAUGCAUUUGCCUGUAUUUCCAAAUUCAGCCAGCGGUUUUGAUUUAAUAGAUUUUCCACAUGAAACUCACCAAGAGGAAAGGACAGUUUUGGUGUUACAAGGAAGACAGCUUCAGAUCCUGGAGAAAUUGAAUGGCUUGGUGGUAAGUGUAGAAGAACUUAAAAGAGAAUUGACAUUCCUGAAAGAAGCUAUUCCAAAGUUGGAUGAACUUGUUCGAGAUGAACUUCAAGGAAAAACAGAAAGUCGCAGAACCAGCCCUUCGCAUAGGCUUGCAAAGAAGCGAAAGACUGAGGCAGCAGCUCAAGGCUCGUCUGAUACCACCAGUUCUGAAGACGCUGAAAGUGAAGGCGGUUACAUGACAGCUCAUACUGACACCGAAGGAGAAUCUGAGGAAGAAAAAGGACGGAUCAAUUCCUCUGUAUCUUCUUUGACACCAGAAGGGAAAAUAGACUUGUCUAAUCUCCUGCAGGAGGUGGACAGAAUGCAUGGUGGCUCGGAACAUGAGAAAAGAGAAAGCUUCAAACUAUUGCUUGAAAGAGAAGAAAAGCAGUAUAGAAACCAUCCUGGUUUUCUUUGGAGACUUGUCCGAGCUUACGGGGACAUGUUUGAGUUAACUACAGAUGCUGAGGAGAAAAAGAAUUAUGCUGCUGAAGGAAAAAUUGUUGGAGAGAAUGCAGUUAACUUAGAUCCAUCAAAUGCUGAGAGUCAUCAGUGGUUUGCAGUGAUGUGUGGCUACAUGUCUCAGUUUGAAACUAUACAAAACAAAAUCAGGAAUGGCUAUCUUUUUAAGGAACAUCUUGACAAAGCUAUUGCACUUAAACCACAAGAUCCCCUUUUGUAUUAUCUAACUGGAAGGUGGUGUUAUGAAAUCGCUCAGUUGUCUUGGAUUGAGAAAAAAGUAGCUGCUGCUCUUUUUGGGACUCCGCCAACUUCAACAAUACAUGAAGCUUUGCAGAAUUUUUUGAAGGCUGAAGAAAUACACCCCAGAUAUUCUAAAAGCAACUAUCUGUAUUUGACAAAGUGCUACAAAGAUCUGGGCCAGAGGAACAAUGCCCUGAGUUGCUGUGAAACAGCAUUGUCCAUUCUGCCAGUCACCAAAGAGGUAGGUCUGAAGGUUGUGCAUUCAUCUACUGAAGGAGGAACAAUGAAGACUCCUACAGCUACUUUCCCCACUACAUCAGAAGAUGUUGUCUGUCUUCAGCAGCUCUGAUUAAUUUCAGUCAAGGAGCAGAGAAGAAAUUCUUGGUAAACUGAAUUCUUUAACACUAUAGAGGAAGAUCUAGAAAUGAAAGGAAGGGAAAUAAUGUGUUCAAAGUCUUGCAAAAUAAGGCAUAAUAAAACAAAAGAACUUCUGAUGUCCGUGAUUGCAAUGUUGAAAAUGUGUAAAAUCCGAUAUUAUGAAAUUAUACUUAAGUAGACAAUAUGAUCAUAAGGCUAAUGUGUAAUUUGAUUAUGAACUGGACAAUUUGCAGUGCAGCUAGUGACACUGAUUUAUGUGGUCUAAUUUUGAAAUUAUUACUGUCUGGUUUAGAAAUUACUCUGUGGGAUUAAAUGGUUAAUUAACCCUAUUAGGCCCACUGAUUCACCAUGCUUUAAAAUGACUUUAAAAAUGGAGAGAUAAGGAAUCAUAGAAAUUAUAUCUCAUUGUGAUUUAGUUAUCUAACACUUUUAACUAGGCAAUACAUGCAAUAUAAUCUUUGUACAAUGAAGAUAGAGGUUCGGAAUAAAUAUUAUAAAUUCCUUUCCAGCAUUGAUAUGUUAAUGCUUAGCUAUUUUUAUUGUCUAUCUGCAACUAUCUAUCCAGCUUGCAUUUGAAGACAUGAAGCUUUAAUACUGGCCUCCAAUAUAAAUAAUAUUUAGUGUUCAGCUGUCCUUGGGAAAUGGCAAUACUUGAGCCUCAACUGAUUCUAAAGCUAAGCAACAUCAUUUUUGUUUAAGACUUGGAUAGGAGAAAUCCAGGGGUCCCAGCAUAAUAAAUUAGACUGGGAAAAUGUAUCUCUGAAAUCAGCAGUGACAAUUGAUAUCCAUAUUGUUGCCAAGAAAACCACUUGGCUGCCUCUGUAAGUCAUUAGGAAUUAGCAUCUGAGCCACUGAGCCACUGCAUCUUGUUUAUUAUGCUUUUACAUAAAUGCUUAUUUUUAUUUUAAAGUAGUGUUUUUGUUGUUUGUUGAAUUCGUUAAAUUUGUUGUUCAUUCAAUUCAAUUAUUUCUGACUCUUCAUUUUGCCAGGAUUAGUUUCUGGUAAUUUUUUAAAACGUUAUUGUAAGUUCAUGCUUGUGUCACAAGUGAUAGUAUCUGACUCUCUUGUUUUUUUUGUUAGUUUCCUUCCUUUUAUUUAUAUUUAUAUUUUAAAAAUCAUAAAGUAAAUUUA